AUGAGUUCAAUUUUGUUACUUUUACCAUUUUUCCUUGCUUUUCAGGCAGUUUUUGCGCAACAAGUUUGCUUGAAUGGCGGAUGCACGAACAAUUGCAAGAAAAAUGAAGUUUUUGAGACUUGCUCAAAUUCCUGUAAAGACAGUUGUGACUACAAAGCGGGCGAAGUGCUGUGUCCCCAAGUUUGUCUGAAAGGAUGUUACUGCAAAGCGGGAUUAUGUCGGUCUGACAUGGGCGAAUGCGUUCCAAUUUGCCCGAAAAAUGAGCAUUGGAAUACUUGUCCAAGUGCUUGUGGCGAUAGUUGUCCUGUUAAGGGAAAUGGGUUGAUGGUGUGUACUUUGCAAUGCGGUAAGCCACGUUGUACAUGCAAACCGGGAUUUAAACGUGAUGCCAAACGAGGAUGCGUUGAAGAGAAGAAAUGUCCUAUUAUCAUUCAUUUGAACAAAAUUCAAUGA